AUGAGUGGUACUAAUCGAAUGGAGGGGCUUCGGGUAAAACUGAAGUAUGAAAAUUGUUUCGUUGUUGAUGCUGUUGGGCGAUGUGGAGGUCUGGCCUUGCUAUGGAAUGGAGGUUUGGAUAUAGAGGUGGUGGGUUAUUCGAACCACUACAUUGAUACGACAGUUCGCGGGGGUGGUGUGACUCCAAACUGGCGCCUAACUGGUUACUACAGCCACCCUAACAGACGGCGUCGUCAGGAUUCUUGGGAUCUCCUGAGGUACUUGUCUUCUACUUCUACUUUACCGUGGGUGGUUCUAGGGGAUUUUAACGAUAUUCUUUGGGAUUAUGAGAAGAAGGGUAGAGUCCCUCAUCCGACAUGGCUUUUACGGGGCUUCCGGGAGGCGGUGCGUGAGAGUGGCUUGGGUAGGUCGAUUGAAGGGGGCUCUAGUGACCAUCUGCCUAUAUUGCUGCGAAUAAACUCCGGUGAUAGGGUGAGGGUGAGGCGGAGACCCCGGUAUGAUAAUGCAUGGGGGAGGAAUGCGGCGUGCCGGAAUAUAGUUGAGCAUGCUUGGUCUAUUACGCAGGGGCUUAGUAUUGUUAGUCGUUUAGAGGAAUGUGGGCGGAGGGUUUGGGGCUGGGGGUCAUAUUUGAACCGUGUAGAGAGGGAGGAGUUUCGAAGGUGUAAGGAUCAGUUAGGGAAUUUGAGAGGGAGGAGGGAUGCAGAGGGGGUUCGGCGUUUUGGUGAGGUUCAAAACAGAUAUUUAUCUUUGCUACAAUCCCAAAGUGAUCACUGGAAACAACGAGCGAAAGAAUGGUGGUAUACCAUGGGUGAUCAAAAUUCUAAAUUCUUCCAUAAUUCGGUAAACCGUAAGAGGAGGCGUAAUAAGAUACAUGCAUUGCGGGGGGAUGGCGGCACAAUGGUUACGGGCAAAACUCAGAUGGGCGUGAUCAUUUGUCGGUAUUUUACCGAGUUGUUCACGUCGCAUGCAGGCACUGAUUCCCCAGUUCUUCGUUGUUUGGAGUCUCGAAUCUCAUCGGAACAGAAUACUAAUUUGACUUGCCCUAUUUCUUCGGCCGAGGUUAAGGCUGCUACUUUUUCCAUGCAUCCUGACAAGUCUCCGGGACCUGACGGCCUGUCUCCGGCCUUUUAUCAACAGUACUGGGACAUUCUGGGGGAUGAGACAACAGGGGUGCCGGGGGGUUUUGGGGCUCUAAAGGUUGAUAUGAGCAAGGCAUAUGACCGGGUUGAGUGGAAUUUUAUGGGGAGGGUCAUGUUGGAGUUGGGGUUUAGUGAGCGGUGGGUAGCUCUUAUGAGGGAGUGUGUGUCUACGGUGCAGUAUAGGGUGCUGGUCGAAGGGAAUGAAUGGGGUCAAAUUGAUCCGGGUAGGGAUUUGAGGCAAGGGGAUCCUCUUUCGCCUUAUUUGUUUCUUAUUGUGGCAGAGGGUCUUAGUGCAAUGCUUCGUGAGCAGGAGAGGGAGGGGGCUUUACAUGGGUUCCGGGUAGCUAGAGGGGCUCCAGCAGUAUCUCACUUCCGCAAUGUUCAUUCGGAGGAUAAGGAGGCUGUUUGUGAGGUGCUAGGUAUCCACGAACAGUAG